CGCGCACGCGGCACGGCACAGCCGUAGAGAUCGCGCGCGCCCGGUCCGUCUUAUUAUUAUUAUCAUCAUCGGUGUUAUGUGAUUAUUAUUACAAUAUCGCUUGCGAACCGCAUUCCGUGUCCGCUAACCGCGAUCCUCUAGCGGCCGACGAUUAUUUUCGAUCGCGUCACCGCGCGCUUCGGCGUACACAGUUGGCGGGCGCACGGUUCGCGCGUUCGAUCCGUCGGUCGGAUCGUCGAUGAGGUUGGAUCCGACGUCGCGGCGAUCCCUGUUGAACGCGGGGACCGGAAGCGCGCGUGUCCCCGACCGCGACGACCGACGCGAAGCCGUCGUGGCGCGACCGCGUCCGGCGCACUCGUAUCCCGGUAAGCGCGCGCGCGCCCGUGUUCCGUUCCGCGACCGCGUCAUGUCGUCGAACCCGAUCCGCGGGAUCCGCAGGAAGAAAUCGUCGCUGACCGAAGUGAAAAUCGCCGUGCUAGGGGCUCCGGGCGUCGGCAAGAGCGCAUUGACUGUGCGGUUUUUAACAAAGAGAUAUAUUGGAGAAUAUGACCACCAAGCUGAAACAAGAUACAAGCAUGAAGUGAUGGUCGAUGGCGAACCGAUUCUUUUCGAGGUACUAGACACAUGUCCAAAAAAUGAUGAAGAGAUGCCAUUGACCGACGUUUACAAUUGGGCAGACGCGCUCGUGUUGGUGUUUGCUAUAACGGACAGACGUUCGUUUAACUAUGUGAGACGUGUAAAACAGACCAUGUUGGACAAUUUUGAAAUGCCAGUGGCGUUAGUGGCCAACAAAGCUGAUAUGGUCCAUCUUAGACAAGUCAGCACAGAAGAAGGUGAAAUACUAGCAAAAGAUUUCGAAUGCUGUUUCACGGAAGUAGCGGCGGCGGAACAAGUGGGACAGGUGGCCGAGGUGUUCCUGGAAGUGUGCAGAGAAGUGUUGAGCGUCCGGCGGAAAAACAAACAAUCGCUGCUGGACAGGAUGUUGGGCGGCAAGACGGCCGCGGUGAAGGCGUACGCUCGGGGCAAAAGCGACAGCGCCUUGCCGAAGGAAUGACACCGCCAACGGUCCACGGUCGUGUCCGCGCCCCAUCGGAACGCGUGUGACGUGUAUAUAAAAAAAAGAAAAAAAUUAGCGUAAUCAGUGCUGGUCGUGUAGGGUUAGGAGAGUUCUGCGCAAUCGACCGCGGCGGGAUGCACGCGGACCAACCGCGUACGUAGGUACUUACUUCUGGCUGUGGGGGGGGGGACUCAAAUUUUUUUCUUUGAUUCGGGCUCAAAAUUUACAAGUAAAAAUGUUUGGUAAUAUUUGAAUCAGGUGAAUCCUUAAUGUUUGUGGUUUUUUUUUCAAUCUAAAGCCGGAUCCACUUCUACGGAAUCGACUUUCGUGCAGUUAUACUUUAACACCCGUCUGUGUUUUGAAAGUUACGCUUCUGUUUUAUUUGAUUUUUCACCGAGUACGGACCCGACAAAAAUCCCGAUUCAGUAUUCACAGCCACGUGUAAUUUGAUUUCGUUAUAAAAUGAUCCACAUUAAGAAAAUUUGAAAUGUAUAACUCACGUAUAAUCAAAUCCUUAAAUACAGAUUCAGGGGGACGACCGUCCCUUCGCCCCCCCCCCAAAAAAAAAAAGACGCCCA